AUGGCAAAGUACAUAGCCCAGUUGAUUUUGGCUGGCACUCAAGUGGUGGCCAGAGCUUUCGCAAGAGCAAUCAAGCAAGAAAUUGAAGCAUCUCAGCAAGCUGCACAGAAGAUGAACCAGGCCAAGACGAGAGGCGAACGGAUGGCUAAUCACAAAUUAGGGCUCUCACUCGAGGAAGCACAGCAAAUCUUAAAUGUUAGGAAGUUAGAUAAGGAAGAGGUCGAGAAGAGGUUUCAGGCACUAUUCAAAUCCAAUGAAACACUUCUUUGUACAUACAAUCAAAGAUUGUGA